AUUAUUAUUCGGAAUGAAGAUAAUAUUGCUGAGUGUAAUGAAGUUGAAAAUGAAGAUAUUGCAUAUAUUGCAUGUUCGGCUCAAGUAACAGCCAACGAUCAUAUGUACCUAGAAUCAAAUGUGGAAGACCAACUCAUGAUUUCUAUUCCCUUUAAUCAGCCUGUGAAAUUUCACUCAAAAAGAAUUGUUCUUGAAGAUAAUAAUAAUUGCAAAGCUGCAUAUUGGAGUGACAUUAACUCCGAUGAAGAAUUUCCUUUAUUUCCAUCUUCU